UGGGGCUUAGCCAAUUUCCGACGAUGAGGGUUAUUGUCUCAGUGAGGGGCUUCCUGGUUUGCUGAGAUGUUACGUUUGGUGAGUUGGAAUAUCAAUGGAAUCCGGAGUCCCUUACAAGGGGCCGUGUGCCAGGAAUCCAACAACUGUGCCAGCGUGACCAUGAAACGUACUUUGGAGGAACUGGGCGCUGAUAUCGUCUGUCUCCAGGAAACGAAAGUGACCAGGGAUGUGCUGACAGAACCCCUGGCUAUUGUUGAGGGCUAUAACUCCUAUUUCAGCUACAGCCGCAGCCGAAGUGGCUAUUCUGGUGUAGCCACCUUCUGUAAGGACAGCUGUACCCCAGUGGCUGCUGAAGAAGGCUUGAGUGGCCUGUUUGCCACCCAGAAUGGGAACGUGGGUUGCUAUGGAAACACAGAUGAGUUCACCCAAGAGGAACUCCGGGCUUUAGAUAGUGAAGGCCGGGCCCUCCUUACACAGCACAAGAUCCGAACAUGGGAAGGAAAAGAGAAGACCUUGACCCUAAUCAAUGUGUACUGCCCCCGUGUGGACCCUGAGAAGCCUGAACGACUGAGCUUUAAGAUGCGUUUCUGUCACUUGCUGCAGAAACGAGCAGAAGCCCUUCUGGCAGCUGGCAGCCAUGUGAUCAUUCUGGGUGACCUGAAUACAGCCCACCGCCGCAUUGACCACUGCAAUGCAGUCAACCUGGAGUACUUUGAAGAGGACCCCGGGCGCAAGUGGAUGGAUGGCUUGCUUAAUAACAUAGGGUGCCCAGCUGGGUCCCACGUGGGGCCCUUCAUUGAUACCUACCGCUAUUUUCAACCACAGCAAGAAGGGGCUUUUACUUGCUGGUCAGUGGUCAGUGGUGCCCGCCAUCACAACUAUGGCUCCCGACUUGACUAUGUGCUAGGGGACAAGACCCUGGUCAUGGAUACCUUACAGGCCUCUUUCCUGCUCCCUGAGGUUAUGGGCUCUGACCACUGUCCUGUGGGUGCCGUUUUGAAUGUGUCCUCUGUGCCUGCAAAAUACUGCCCACCCUUGUGUACUCUCUUCUUUCCUGAAUUUGCAGGCACUCAGCUAAAGAUUCUUCGUUUCCUAGUUCCCCUUGAACACAAACCUAUAUUGGACCAGUCAGCUUUACAACUCAGCAGUCAAACUCUGGUACAGAAACGGCAAAACAAAUUCUGUGUUCGGUUAACCAGAUUGCAGCCAAGUCAGGCUAGCUCCAGAAGAGGUCAGAAAAACAUGACAAGCUACUUCCAGCCCUCUUCCAGCCAUUCCCAAACUUCUGCCUCGAAGCUGCCUACUCUGCAUCUGGUGGAAACUGUCAUGGCCACAAAGACUCCAGAAGAAGAGGCAAUAGCCAAAGUGGUAGAAGGAGAGAUCAGUGCUUCAGGAGCCAAAGAGGAAAAGGAGGUACUGGUCUCAUUCUGGAAGUCUGUGUUACGAGGGCCUUUCUCCGUGCCUCUUUGUAGAGGCCACAGGGAGCCAUGUGUGAUGCGUACUGUGAAGAAGGCAGGACCCAACCUUGGUCGCCACUUUUACAUGUGUGCCAGGCCUCAGGGUCCUCGCAGUGACCCCUCCACCCGCUGCAACUUCUUCCAAUGGAGUAGGCCCAGCUGAUUGAACUGAGGCUUAGGGAUGUUCUGUCCCCUGCAUAGAACCUGAUCCCAACUCUCUUCCUUCUAAGUUGCUAAUGCUACCUUGUCUCCCAAAGUUUCCUUUUCUCCUUUCUUCAUUUUCUUCUUUCUCUUGCUUUUCUUCCUCUC